AUCAUACGGAACUAACCUCUUUGAUUUCUUCUAGGUUUCUUUGGCCAGUGAGUGAAUACCAGACUCAAGCAUGGGGAAUAUUUUUGCUAACCUCUUCAAAGGCCUCUUUGGCAAAAAAGAAAUGCGUAUACUUAUGGUUGGGCUGGAUGCUGCAGGAAAGACUACUAUAUUAUACAAACUUAAACUCGGUGAAAUAGUAACUACCAUCCCUACUAUAGGUUUCAAUGUAGAAACAGUAGAAUACAAGAACAUUAGCUUCACGGUGUGGGAUGUAGGUGGCCAAGAUAAAAUCAGACCACUCUGGCGCCAUUAUUUCCAGAACACACAAGGUUUGAUCUUUGUGGUUGAUAGCAAUGACAGAGAGAGAGUCAAUGAGGCUCGAGAAGAACUUAUGAGAAUGUUGGCAGAAGAUGAACUUAGAGACGCUGUCCUUUUAGUGUUUGCCAACAAACAGGACCUGCCGAAUGCGAUGAAUGCAGCAGAAAUCACAGACAAACUAGGACUGCAUUCUCUUCGCCACAGGAACUGGUAUAUCCAGGCCACCUGUGCCACUAGUGGAGACGGUCUCUAUGAAGGACUGGACUGGUUGUCCAAUCAACUCCGAAACCAGAAAUGAAGCCCUAAAUUACUCCUCUUUUCCCUGUUUUCUCCACCCUUCCUGAUUUCCUUCUCCUCCUCUUCCUCCUCCGCCCUUUGCUUUAUUCUAAUGUGGCAAACCAUGCUACUUUGUGGUAUUGAGUGCCGGAAGCUGUUUUCAUUUCUCUUGUCACAGGAUGUCCUUCACCAUGCUGUACAUGUGGCAAAUCCAAGCCUGAAAACAGUUUAGGUUUCUUAUUUAAUGUAAAUAGUUCUUGUUUCCAAUGAGACAGUUUCUGGUACUCCUAUGCAAUAUUACUCAGCUUUUUUUAUUGUAAAGAAAGUCAACUCGCUGUUUAGUACUGGGAAAGGGAUUUAAAAUGGAUUUGAAGAGUGGCCAGUGACCUGGUUGUAUGCUAGAGCUGAAUACUAUCCCUCUUGGCUUGUGAGGUCUGUGGAAGAGGCCAGAUUCGGUGGCUGUUUUUUAGCCUGGAGAUGUCAGUUUCUUUGAUAAAUUAUUUGGGGGGGGGGAUUAAAAAAAGGAAAGCUGAAACACUUGAACAAAAUAUCCAUUGUAAGUUCUGCAACAACUUGAAUACCAGCAAUUUAACAUGUUACAGAUCCUAGAAUGAGCAGCAUUCUGGAUCUUUCUGUGCUUGACAACCUUUUUUGUGUUUUUAUGUGAAUGCGAGGCCCUUAUAAAGUCAGAGUUCAGUUUAGGCCACAGGCUUAAAGAAGAAGUUGGCACACAUAACAAAUGCUGUAACCCUCCAACUCUCUCUUAGAUCUAGGCAAGAACAGUUUUAUUCUCUUGCCUCUAAUUUGGAUGCCAGCUUCAUUUGUCCUGUUUGGUUCCCUCCCCCAGUACAUACAUACACCCAAAGAAGUGUUUUGGCCUUUUCUUGCAUAGAACUCCUCCAGAAGGCAAGUUCUUUCCACAGAGAGCACAGCAGCCCAUGUAGCUUUUUCAGCUCUGCCAUCAGCAAGUACUGUUCUCAAGUAAGAAAUGCCAUCCAAGCCAUCUAACGUAGCGUCUAGGGGAAUAAAAUAUAAAAGCAUGAGCGUUUGGAGUUCCAUUCCAUUUUAGAAGUGUUCGAUGCCAUUGUUUUGGAACAAUCCUACAUCUGUAUAUCUGUGAAAACCUUUCACAUCCCUCAUACUGCAAGGUUCAGAUUUGCCAUCAAGAAAGACCUCUUAACUUUUUUUUUCUUUUGUAUUUUGAUAAAACACUGAAGAAGCUGGAGCUGUUUAAAUUUUAACUUGAGGAACUAUCAGAACUGGUUUGUUUAGUGUUGUGGAAAAUCUCUUUAUUUGCUUUCAAUACACAGUAAUCAACUGUUUUGUAUACUUGUUUUCAGUUUUCAUUUCGACAAACAAGCACUGUAAUUAAAGCUAUUAGAAUAAAAAUCUCUUAACUAUUCUGUGGGGUUUCCAUGCUUUGCUUGUUCCAUCAUGCUAGGACCCAUAACCAAGUGCUUAAUGAAUAAAACUUUUCAAGGUG